UCCCAUCCACACUCCGUUCACAGCGCCAGAGAAACCGGGCUCCGGCGUCGUCGGCUAACCCAAGCGCGCUAGCAUGAAAUCUCUCCGUCCCGACCAAGACCAAAUGGAGCUCCUCAACCAGGGGAUCCCAUCAUUCCCUCCGCCAGACCAUUUCCACUAUCAAUAAUUUAAUCUAUCUGCGACAUAAAUAGAGUGGGGGAGGGGGGACACCGGAGGACGAUUUUGCAAGGCGAGGCGGUGGCGGGGGGGUUUCGUCGGAGACCUCCCCCUCCCUGCCCAAGAGCCAGGAGGACUCCGGAGGACACCGGGGUGGCCGAUCCAUCGGGGGACCUCUGCGGGCUGAGCGCAGCCAGGAGCAGGAGGCGCUUCCCCCGGCAGCACUGGUUCCACCAAGUGAAAAGAGUGAUGACCAUCCUUUUCCUUACUAUGGUUAUUUCAUACUUCAGUUGCAUGAAAGCUGCCCCAAUGAAAGAAGUUAGCAUCAGAGGGCAAGGCAGCUUGGCUUAUCCAGUUCUUCGGACACAGGGAACUCUGGAGAACCUAGGUGGGCCCAAUGAUGCCUCAAGAGGAAUGACGUCUUUGGCAGACACUUUUGAACAUGUCAUAGAGGAGCUCUUGGAUGAGCAGCACGACAUCCAGCCGAGCAAAGAGAAUAAAGAUGCAGACUUGUACUCAUCUCGGGUUAUGCUUAGCAGUCAAGUGCCUUUGGAGCCUCCACUGCUCUUUCUGCUUGAGGAGUAUAAAAACUACUUGGAUGCUGCAAACAUGUCCAUGAGGGUUCGGCGUCACUCUGAUCCUGCUCGCCGUGGGGAGCUGAGUGUGUGUGACAGUACUAGUGAGUGGGUAACGGCAGCUGAAAAAAAGACUGCCGUGGACAUGUCUGGGGCAACCGUUACAGUUCUGGAAAAAGUCCCAGUACCCAAAGGCCAACUGAAGCAAUAUUUUUAUGAGACCAAAUGCAACUCCAAGGGUUACACAAAAGAAGGCUGCAGGGGCAUAGACAAGAGGUACUGGAAUUCCCAGUGCCGAACUACCCAAUCAUACGUGCGAGCUCUCACAAUGGAUAACAAAAAGAGAGUUGGAUGGCGUUUUAUAAGAAUAGACACUUCCUGUGUUUGUACAUUGACCAUAAAAAGGGGGAGAUAGUGGGUUCAUGUUGUAUAGAUUAUAUUGAGACAAAUUUAUCUAUUUGUAUAUAUACAUAACAGGGUAAAUUAUUCAGUAAGAAAGAAAAUAAUUUUAUGGACUGCAUGUAUAAAUGAAGUUUAUACAGUACAGUGGUUCACAAUCUAUUUAUUGAACAUAUCCAUGAUCUAACAGGGAGCAAAAGAGAGAAAAGAUAUCCAUUUGCGCACAACUUUGAGAAAAAAAUUUUUGCAUUACAUUCCUCUAACAUUGUGGUUUGUUGCCGUUGCCAAGAAUUGAAAACGUUUAAAAAAGUUUUAAAAAAAUAAAAUUGCAUGCUGCUUCAAUUGUGAAUUGAUGAUGAUAAACUGUCCUCUUUCAGAAAAAAAUUUGAACCAAAACAUUUCGUUUACAUUUUAGACAGUAAGUAUCUUUAUUCCUGUUAGUAUUAUAUCUGUUUACUGCUUUUAAAUUCUUCUGGUAGCUUUGGAAUUAAAACAAUGUCAAGGUGCUGUUGUCAUAAAUUUACUGUUGAUUUUUUUUUAAUUUUAAAAAUUCCCACAUGAUUUUAAAAGGAGGAAAAACUCCCUGUCAUCACCAUAUAUGUUCUGGAUAAAAAUAAUUUGAGGGGUUUUUUUGUAUGUUGUGAAGGUGUUUGCAAUAUCAAGUCAGACUACUGAAAAAAUAAUAAAAAAAGAGGCAACUGAAAAAGACAAUGUUGAUGGUCCUCCCAGUGCUCUUUUCUAGUCUUCAAGCAGCACUCCCUUAUUGGUUUAGGUGUAUGCUAUUCUAUGGUUGUUGCUGAAAAUAUCACCAUUUUGCUAGUAUAAUAUUUGGUUGUGUACUGGUUCUGCCACUACAUCUUUCUUCUCUUUUAGGAAGGGAAAAAACUGCAAUCACUUUCAAUAUAUUUUUCUACUCUACUAAGGUGUUGAGAUCAAAGACUGAAAGUCAAUCACCCUGUCUAGCAAUGCUUCAUCACAUGCACAGCUGACAUGCCUCAGUCAUACUGAACUGAGCUUGAUGGGCAUAUUUGUUGAAGAAAGUUGGAAUUCCAUGUUCAUCUAGGGUCAGUCAUUUUCCAUGCAGAGCUGGAUCAGGGACAAACCAUUUGUUUCUAGAUCAGACAUCUUGUUAAAGUACAAAUCUCAUCAGGAAAAUACAAACAGAUGAAUAUUGGACUGCACUUCAGAAAAAAAAUAUAUCAAAUGCUACAAUAUUUAACAUUAAGGAUCUUUCCUAUUCAUGGAUGGUCCACACCUAAUUGGCUUACAGUAAUAGAAGGAAUAGCAAUCGCUACCAAAUAGUGGUGAAAGAGCAAUUGCUUUCCCUGAGAAUAAAUAUAUGCAGUACUGCCUGAUUCUUUUGAUGCAAAUGGAAUGUCUAUUAUGCCCAGUUCUGAAAUGCCUGCUACUUGAGAUAGUAUGAAAGAAUCCAGGCCUGAAGGAGUGGCUCUGGAAUCAGGUAGGCAGAGCCUUCUACCUCAAACCCAACUACCUGUUGAAUAUAAAUAUGCCUCCAAGGGUCUACUGCUGUGUAAGGAGUAGCACAUAAAAGCCUUAACUCCUACUGGAGCAUAAUCCUGUUCAAUCAAAGCUCCAGUUUUAAAAUUAAAUCCUAAAAUGCAAUCCUGGCAUCAGUUUCAUGCACUUUAAUUACAGUUGAAUUCAAUGUGAUGAAUAUAUAAGUAACUGAGCACAGGAUUCAAGCCUUAGGCCUUUGAUAAUUAUCCAUAAAUUCAGCCAGAUCUGCAACACAAACUGCACUAUGUUAGAGAUUUCACAAUAAGAAGUUAGCUUGAAGUUGUUUUUUUUUAACUAAAGCAUUGUAAGACAUUUCGCUUAUGACACACAGAAUUUAUUUUAACUUGGAAUAUCUAUAUAUACGUUUCACAGCAAAGAUCCAUGUUCUCCUCAACAGAUUCUAGAGUUCUGCUAAAGUCUUUACUAUGUAAGCUUAGUUCUCACCAAUGCCUCUAGUAUGAUGUAAGCCUAAUUCUCACAGGUUAAAACUGUAGUUAGGCUGUACCAUUCCAGAAUAUAGGUACAAUUCUUUUUCUCCCCCAAGAAAAAAUUAUUCUACACAUCCCAAAGUAGUAUGCUAGGGAAAAUGCCAGUCCAGAACCCAGAAUCGUGACAUCUGAUUUCUGUUUAUAGUAUGGAUCAGCUUUCAGUCAUAUAAGCCCACUUGCUGCCUGAAGGAGUAUAGUCUAGAACUAACUAUUCUUUGGCAGUUUGUGUGAACCAGCUAGAGCACAAAUACCGAACUUCCUAGGUGACAUCGGCACACUUCCAAAGGCUCAGGUCCCAAGACACAUCUCUUCAAACAUUAAUAAUCUAGAUAUAAAAUAAUUUCAGCCACUGUAGUUAAUUUAACACAGGGAAGGAGCCCUUCUAUUGUCAUUAACAUGAUUAUGAAAUCUGAAACUUGGAUGUAAACAAAAAUAUGGACAUCAAUAGCAUCACAGAUGUUCCCUUGCUUCUAAAGCAAUAUUGGCUCCGGUUUAUUUACUAAGUGUAUUCACUAUUAUUGGACAUGAGUUCAUUAUUAAAAAGCACCAAUUUAAUUGAUCAAUGACAGUAUGCCGAUACAUACCAUUCAGUAAAUCAACUUGGUCUAACUAAGUCUGGGCAAAUAAAUAGUUGUUCACAUAAAUGAAAAAAGAUGCUGGCAUUGUCUGUUUUAAGGCAGAGACCUUUAACUUUAAUCUGUGUCCCAUGGUAUCUUCACCAGAAUAUUCCAGCAGACAUUUAUAUUGAUACAAUUUAUAGCCAGGAAAAAAUAUCUGGAUUACAUUAACCCAAAUAUUUUGAACUGAAAAAUGUCAUAAGAGUGAGUUUCAAGCUAAAAGGUCCUUUUCACAUAUUAGAAAGAGGGAAAGGGGACAGAAGCAGUGUAAUCCCUCAGAGAUAUGUUCUUGUCCAAUGACAAACUACAAUCCUGAUUUCCUUCAAAUCAGUAAGCCUAGUCCAACUGGGGGGCUGAUAUUACAAAAUCCUAACUAUGUAGCAAAGAAAGAAGAUGUGUUCUCAAACCACUUCCAUCAAUAUAAGUGGAUCCAAUCUUUGUAUUUAACUAGGUUAACACACUUUCAUCACGGGAUAACUGAAGUCAGCAACCUUAAUUCCCACUAAUAAUUAUGUAAUAUGUCAUUUUCUAGAUGUAAUGCAGUCCAGAUGAAGUCUGCAGCCCAGAUGAAGGGAAAAAGUGAAAGUAAAAUAAUCAUUUCAUAGCAAAUAUGCUUAAGUAAUUUGGCCUUUAUGGAAGACUUCUGACACAUGGUCGUGAUCUCAUCUGGAUUGAAAACAUUUUGCUACUUGAUUUUAAUUCUAACAGUGGAAGUUAUUUUUGCAGAAAUACAAUCCAAAGUCAACAGAACAGGAAGCAACAUUCUAUACACAAUAUUUAGAGGCUUAAAAAGUUUUUCCUGAUGGACAUAACAUGUCAUAAACAUUUUUUAACAGUCAUUAAAACCAGAUUUAGUCAGACCUCUUCCGCUUAAUAGGACAGUCCAUUGCAGUGGCCAAUUACAUU